CUUGCAAAGAGGCAGCUCCAAGAGGCUUCAGCAACAACAGUCCAGGGUGAUUCUGAUACAGAAGGUGGCAAUGGAAAGCGUGGCCCCCACACUGAAACCAGCAAUACAUCUAUGGGUGCUGCUGCUAUUGGGAGGAUUCUACGUUAGCUGCGAAGAGAGCUGGUGCUACGACAAACCAAGCUGUGGCCCUGCAACAUGGAAAUCCCUUGGUUACUGUGGUGGCACAGAGCAGUCUCCCAUCAACAUUAACACAGAGAAAACAGUAGCCGAUCCAUGUCUGGGUCCUUUACAUUUUGUUGGAUAUGAGGACCGCUUGAGGCCACAGGCCCUUAAGAACACAGGGCACUACCCCGAGAUUGAAAUGAAGACUGGAGCCACCAUUUCUGGUCAAGGCCUUCCGGCAAGGUAUUACCUGAAGUCUUUCCACUUUCACUAUGGCACCAACCAUCAUCAAGGUUCAGAGCAUGCAAUUGAUCUCAAGCGCUACUCCAUGGAGCUCCACAUAGUGCAUACUAAAGACAACAUGAGUUUGGAAGAAGCGAAAAAGGACCCUCAAGGAUUUGUUGUCUUGGCAUUCUUCAUAGAGAAAUCUAUAAAGGCUCCCAUUGUCAGUGCGUGGAAGACUCUGGCCAGCCUCCUGGAAGCAAUCCCAGAAAAGGGAAACUCUGUGGGUCUGAGUGGGCAAUUGUCUCUCGGGGGCUUAUUGAGCACGGCAGAUCUAAGCACGUAUUACCGCUACCAGGGCUCCCUUACCACCCCAUAUUGCAAUGAGGCUGUGAUCUGGAUCGUCUACCCUGAGCCCAUCAAGGUGCCUCACCAUGUGGUGAAGAAAUUCACCACCUCGCUAUAUUUUACCACCAAAGAAGAAAACAGGAGGAUGCAGAAGAAUUACCGUCCCCUACAACCACUGAACAACCGACAGGUCCUUUCCUUCCACGAAGAUAUAUAUGACCCGAAACGCUGCUCUUCCCAGGUUUGAGCAAAGGAGUGUAUAUGUGCAUUAUGGGUGCAAAUAGUAAUGGCUUCCCUCUGCUUGGAUGAUCUAAAGCUAAACAUGGAGUUCCUUCUCCUGACCAGAAUAUUAAUAAUUUCUCAAGUCCAUGGAAAGAAGCACAUUCCAGCAGGGAGAUGGCCUUCUCCUCACCCCCUUUUUUGAUGCUGAGAAAUACUAUGUUUUUACAAAAAUUAAAACUACUA